CAAAGCAUUUUUGCUUCACUUUUCAAAAUAAAGGAAAAAAUUUCAAAAAUUUUUGGUAUGAAUAUCACAAUAAACGCUUACGAAAUUUUCAGUUGAUCGAAACGUGAAGUUUUUGAAAGCCUCAAGCUGCAGCAGCCAGCGCCAACAAAUACUUCGUCCGUUCCAUCCGAUGUGACUUCUCCAACACCUGUGACAGUUUCGGUAACAGCAGCCCCACCACCACCACCACCUCCACCCCUUCCACUGACGGCAUUCCUGCCCAGGGCACGAACAACACCAUUCAGCGUGCUAUCAUCGCUACCAUCAACAUCAGCAGCACGUCCACCUUUUCGCUUAAGAACGAACGGCAUGCAAGGUCUUUCGGAGGCGACGGCCUUACGCUUAUUCAACAGUGUGGUCACAACGAGUCAGUUGGCAGGCCCGGCGGCGGCAGCAACUGCACACAAUACUACCUCCCUAACGUCGGUGAAUGAUGUGGACGAAUGCAAAUCGCUAGGAGCCAUACAGUCGUCGAAUGAAUUCGGCAAUGCUUGCCGCAUUUGCCGUUGCAAUCGAAGUGAUAUACAGUUAACGCGUUGUCCGUGCCAAUGCCGCGGCAGUGUGGGUUUCGUUCAUAUGCCGUGCUUGAAACGUUGGAUUUUGCAUCGGCGUGAUACGCGGUGUGAAAUAUGCAACACGUGGUUUGAUAUGCCGGAUGAGAAGUUGAACUUGCGGCGCAUGCUGAACGCCUUGUUUUGUGCACGCUGCGGUGGUGCCAUUAUGAAGCAUUUGCUCUUCAGCGUGUCUCUACUGCCGUUGGCUCAUGUGGUGUUGCAGCAAGUGCUCAUUUGCAUGGACAACAUCAAUGCGAGUCCGAAUGAGCACUUAACCGUGCAGGAAGUGAUGGUGGCGUCGUGCGCGCUAUUGACAUCAAGCGCACUUUUCUUCCACUUCUUCGAGUUUAUAACAACCCGCUUUCUGAUCAUUCGAAAUAUUUUGCAUCAGUGGUGGAUGUUUGGAAACCAGGAGCACUUCACAGUUAUCGAGGUGGACAGUGAAUAUUUCGACGUUUUGUAAGCUGGGUUGCCACCAAAAAAUAUACAUUAAAAAUAUUUAGUACUUAAAAUCUUGCAGAAGUAUUAAAAUUAGUCAUAUUGAGUUUUUUUCUGGCCAAAAAA